UGAAAAUAAGUAUGCAACACAUGAUAAUGAUAAAAUAGAUGAAGAAAGUAAGUGGGAUAUAGCAAUGAAUCAUAAGGAAAAAAGAAGGCUAUAUUCAAAAAACGAAGAUGUUAAUUCAUACAAAAGAAGAGAAAGA